UGAUGAUAGGGAUUGAAAAGGUGAUGGAGACCGAGUUCCCGUGCCCGUGUGAGCCUGUGCUGAACCAGCUGCUUGUGGUCUUCAUGUUCAUCACUCCUGCUCUGCUUGCGUUCAUCAUAACGAUGUUUCUUGUGAGGCCGUGUAAACACUGCAGCUGCUGCUCGUGCAGAAAGUGUUGCGUGAAGACUUUCCUUCCUUGCCUGAUCCCACCAGUCACUUGGGUUAUCAUGUUGCUUCUGGACGGCCAGUACGUUGCCUGUGGGUUGACGUUCAAGCAAGGAAAUUAUGUCUCAGAUAAAGACGAUCCUCUUGUAAAGUGGUGUAAAAGCAGCAGUUCAGAUGAAACCGAGGAAAAACAGUUGCGUCAACACAUCGUAGGAUUGUCCCAGAUUGCAGGUUUUUUGGUGCUGUCUGUGAUCUGCGUCAUAACCUUGUGUGCUGUGGGUGGCUUGGACUGCUGUGAAGCUGCAGAGGAAGAUGUGGAGCUACAAAAUGUUUCGCGACCAAGGCCUGCCUGAAUUUGGAGGGACAAAAAAGGAUUUUUUAAUUUGCAUGUCACAAUUUCUAAGUUGUAU